AUUAUAUGAAGCACUGCACAUUUUCACUUCAGUUCAUUCAUGUUCAUUGGUGUUUUUUUUUUUUUAUUGUUGGAUCUUUUGCGUUUGAUUUUGCCGGACAAUUAUAUUAGAAAAAAAACCACGAGGAGUGUGUGUGUGCUUGAGUUUAUAUUUUUUUUUUUUUGGUUCUUUCGUUGUUUCAUGUUCACACAAUUACCCCUGAAUACAUUAUCAACGAUAAUUAAUAAAAAUCGAUUUUCUUUGCCAUUUUCCAUAACAUUCGUAUUGUUUGAUUUCGAAUCUUUUUGUCACCUGCUUUUUUCUAAAACAACCAUUUGCCUAGCUCAUUAUAAUUUUACAUCGUAUUCAUAUAGCAAACAUAAAAUAACCAUUUUUUCCAUUCAUCAUGACUUCGAUACCAGCACCAUUAAAAUGGGCCCAACGUAAAGAUUUGGUUUAUUUGAAUUUUCAAGUUCAAGAUGUAGUCAAUCCUGAAGUGGUGGUUGAAAAGGAUAAAAUCAUCUAUAGAGCGGAAACCAAAGAUAAACAGAAAUAUGAAUCCAUAUUGAAUUUGUAUGGUGAAAUUAAACCAGAGGAAUCAAAAUGGAUCAAUCGAGAUCGUGGUGCGGAAUUCGUAUUGAUCAAAACUGAAUCCGGACCAUAUUGGAAACGUUUGUUGAAAGAAGAUACUAAAUAUCAUUGGCUCAAAGUUGAUUUUAAUCGAUGGAAAGAUGAAGAUGAAAGUGAUGAUGAAGCUGGUGGUGGUGGUACAAAUUUCGAAGAUAUGAUGAGACAAAUGGGAGGUCUAGGAGGUGGUAUGGGCGGUAUGCCAGGAAUGGGUGGAAUGGGCAUGCCAGGAAUGGGUGGAAUGGGUAUGCCAGGCAUGGGUGGAAUGGGUAUGCCAGGCAUGGGCGGAAAUUUCGACGAUCUAGAAGAUGAUGAAAAAGAUAGCGAUGAUGAAAAUAUUCCCGAUCUAGAAGAUGGUGAUGAUGCUAAAAAGAAUGGCGAUGAUAACAAAAAUUCUAAUAAAGAAUAGUGUUGAUGGCCAUUUACUAUUCACAUUUGAACCAGAAACAGUUAUAAUGUCCUUUCUAUUCCUUGUUUUUUUUUCUUUCGUAAUACCACUAUGGAAAAAACAAAUGACACUGAAUCAAUGUUUCAUAUUCAUUUUCAAAUAUUCUGUCAUUCUUUUUUUUAAAUUUAAAACAAAACAAAAAAAAACUACCCACAAUUAUAAACCUAGAUACACUUACCCACACAUAUAUACACACACACACAUAAACCCUAAAAUCAGAAAACACCUUUUUUCAUAUACCUUUUUAAUUUGCAAUUUCCU